CCUCCCCGCGCCCCGCCCCAAGAUGGCGCGCGGCGCUGAGGGGAGUUCCGGUGCCGCCAUGGCCGCGACGCGGCUGGAGCUGAACCUGAUGCGGCUCCUGAGCCGGUGCGAGGCGCUGGCGGCGGAGCGGCGGGACCCCGAGGAGUGGCGGCUGGAGAAGUAUGUGGCUGCUCUGGAGGACAUGCUCCGGGAGCUGAAGAAGCAGUCCAGUAAGCCAGCCCCUGAAUUACUGAAUGAAUACUCUCGCAAAGUGGACUUCCUAAAGGGACUCCUAGAAGCUGAAAAAUUGGGUGUCCUAUCCAUGACUGCUCCCUGCUUCUCCCAGCCUUCCUCGACAGAAAAGGCUCUGGCAAACCAGUUCCUGGCCCCUGGGCGCACGCCGACGACAGCCAAGGAGAGGAGCCCGGCCACCAAAACCGUGCACCUGCAGACCAAGGCGCGCUGCACGGGCCAGAUGAGGAGCGAGCUGCUCGGCACGGACCCCCUGGCUGCUGAUGAUUCUGAGGAGUUGAGCAUAAGGAAGCGAAAAGGCCUCACAUCAGAUGAGAAGCAGUCAGCAGUGGAGCUGGAUGCUGUGCUGCAGCAUCACCAGGACAUGCAGGAGAAGCUGGCUGAGGAAAUGCUCAGCUUGGCUCGCAGCCUCAAAAACAACACUCUGGCUGCCCAGAACGUGAUCAAACAGGACAACCAGACACUGUCACACUCCCUCAGGAUGGCAGACCAGAACUUCGAGAAGCUCAAGGACGAAUCCGACCGCCUGGAACAGCACGCCAAGAAAUCUGUCAACUGGCUGCUCUGGAUAAUGCUAAUUGUAGUUUGUUUUAUAUUCAUCAGCAUGAUUCUCUUCAUCAGGAUUUUCCCCAAACUGAAAUGAUUCUGUUUCAUUUUAUUUAAAGCUGCCUGCAGUGCAGUGGGAAAGCUCAGCUGGUGUGAGAGCUGUCACAGUCAAUGCCCUUAAAGAGGCUGUGCAAGGCCUGCCUUGCAUCUCCUCCCUGUGCAGGCAGUGGAGGAA